AUGACUGAACCAAGCCCAAGUCCCAUAGCCAUCAUUGGCAUGGCAUGCCGUCUGCCCGGUGGCUCAGACAACCCAGACAAGCUUUGGAACAUGCUUUCCGAGGGACGAAGUGGCUGGCGUGAGAUCCCCGAAGACCGCUGGAACAGGGAUUCCUUCUACCAUCCAGAUCCCGAGGCAAAAGAGGCCGUCAACUUCAAGGGCCUUUACUUCUUGGACCAAGACAUUACUGCUUUUGAUGCACGCUUUUUCAACGUUCAUCCGCACGAAGCCCACUGCCUCGAUCCACAGCAACGCAUCUUAUUGGAGACAACAUAUGAGGCUCUGGAGAAUGCUGGGCAAACUAUUGCCGGUAUCAAAGGCUCUGAUACCUCGGUACAUGUCGGAGCCUAUGCUACUGACUUCGAACGCAUGGGUUACAAGGACACGGCAAGGACGCCAAAGGCCCACAUGAUUGGCACUGGAAUCGCAAUUCUCUCCAACAGGAUCUCCUACGUCUUUGAUCUCAAUGGCCCAUCCAGCACAGUCGACACUGGGUGUUCGGGAAGCAUGGUGGCCUUGCAUCAGGCAUGCCAUGGACUUCGAGCGAGGGAGUCAAAGAUGGCCAUCGUUGCCGGUACUCAACUAGUCCUCACCCCUGAUCAGAUCAUUCCUAUGAGCAGUGUCGGCAUGACAAAUCCAGAUGGCAAAUGCUACGUUUUUGAUAGCCGCGGCACUGGCUACGCAAGAGGCGAAGGCGUCGUCACUCUGAUUCUCAAGCGUCUUGAUGAUGCUGUCAAAGACGGCGACAAGGUCCAUGCCCUUGUCAGGAACUCUGGCCUGAACCAGGACGGCAAGACAGUAGGCCUCACGCUCCCCAAUCCCAUCGCUCAGGCGAAUCUUAUGCGCCUCGUAUACAAAAAUGCUGGUCUGGAUCCAGCAGAUACUGUAUAUGUUGAAGCCCAUGGAACUGGGACUCAGGCUGGUGACAGCGCAGAGAUAUCAUCAAUCGCGGAAGUCUUCUGCCCAGAAGGCCAACGCGAGGACGGCCUCUAUGUUGGCUCAAUCAAGUCAAACAUUGGCCAUCUAGAGGCUUCAAGUGGUGUUGCAGGAUUGCUCAAGGCCAUUUUAAUCUUGAAGCACGGAGCGAUUCCGCCCAACAUUGACUUCGUCGAGCCCAAGCCUACACUCCAUCUUGAGGAGCGCAGGGUCAAGGUUGCCACUGAAAUGAUUCCACUUCCUGACUCUACUGGUCACCGGCGCGUGUCUGUCAACUCUUUUGGCUACGGCGGAACAAAUGCCCAUGUCAUCCUGGAAUCUCUAGCCAGCUAUGAGAAAUUGAACGAAGUCUCAGCUCUGGCGAAACAAAAUGGCACCAAUGGCCAUACUAAUGGGCAUACCACCAAAGCAAAUGGCACCAACGGAUAUGCUGGAGUCAAGAGAACCGCUUCUGAUGACCAAAAAGCCAACGGGCUGAAUGAGAAAGACCAUGGCGAGCACGCAGACACUGGCACGGUCAACGGGAAAACAGACGAUAUACACGGCCCUCAGCUCUUCGUCUUGUCAGCUCGGUCCGAAACCUCCUUGCAGACCAUGGUGUCCAAUGUGCAAGGAUGGGUCUCUUCUCACAAGGAUACUUCCUCACUCUCUAACCUAGCUUAUACUCUGUCGAGACGCCGAUCAGAGUUGCAGUUCCGAUUCAGUGUCGCAGCGGCUACCCAUGAUGAGCUCAUCACACUCCUCGGACAGAAGCCGCGCAUCACCAAGGCAGUGUCCAAUUUCCGCUCCGUGUUCCUCUUCACCGGACAGGGAGCCCAGUGGCACGCCAUGGGCCGAGAGCUCACCAGGGACCAGCCGGUCUUCAAGGGAUCGAUGCUCCAGUCGGAGAAAAUCCUUAGACAACUGGGGGCAGAUUGGAGCCUGAUUGAAGAGCUCUCUAGAGAUGAGGAGAGCUCACGUGUUGCCCAGGCUGAGAUCUCUCAGCCCUCUACCACGGCGAUCCAAAUCGCUUUGGUAGACCUACUCAAGAGCUUUAACAUCUUUCCCAAUCUCGUUCUCGGCCACAGCAGUGGUGAGAUAGCCGCCGGCUAUGCUGCCGAGGCUCUGGACCACGAAACAGCGCUAGAGAUAUCGUACAGGCGCGGGUUCAUGUCACAAGCAUGCGCACGCCUCAUAUCGAGUAAAGGCGCGAUGAUGGCUGUCGGCCUGGGCGAAGAAGAUGUCGGAAAAUACGUCGAACAGACCCGGACGGGGCUCGUCUGCGUUGCCUGUGUCAACUCACCCGUCAGCACAACCAUCUCUGGAGACGACACUGCCAUCGAUGAGCUGAAGCAGAUCCUGGAUGAAGAGUCCAUUUUCAACCGCAAGUUGAAGGUGGAUACAGCCUAUCACUCUCAUCACAUGAAGAAGGUCGCAGCCGAGUAUUUCGAGUCUAUCGCCCACAUCCGGGUGCACGCUCCAAACCCCGCCAUCAAAUUCUACUCUUCUGUGGCCGUUGCACAUAAGACAUCUGGUUUCGAUGCUCAGUAUUGGGUCGAUAAUCUGGUGUCUCCAGUCCGCUUUGCCAACGCAUUGGAGCUGCUCUGCCGCACAGAGCUCGUGGGUAUAGAGCCGGCACCGCUCGCUUUGUUCACCGAGGUUGGCCCACACGGUGCCUUGGCGGGUCCUGUCAGACAGACUAUCAAGGGGCUCGACUUGGCUGGCUUCAAGUCAAGCUACCUUUCCACCCUGUCUCGAGGCCGUGAUGCUGCAAUCACCCUCCUGGAGACAGCAGGCAAGCUAUUCGAGUUUGGGUAUCCGGUUUCGCUGCAAGAGACGCUAGGUGGAAACCAGUCUGCAACACUGGUGGAUGAUCUUGCACCGUAUCCUUGGGAUCAUUCCACAAGCUUCCUCUACGAAUCGAAACUCAGCAAGGAGCAUCGCUUCCGUGCGCACCCACCUCAUGAUCUUCUCGGUCUACGGGUCCCGGGAACCACCAACCAAGAACCCACUUGGCGCAACCUGCUCGGCGUGGGAAGCCUUCCGUGGCUCAGUGAUCAUGUGGUUGAUGGCUUUGCCAUCUAUCCAGCCUCUGGUUAUCUUUCAAUGGCCAUAGAGGCAGUGCGCCAGAUCAGCAUCGACAGAAAAAUUCAAGGUGUUAUAUCUCAGGUUCAUCUGAAGAACAUCUCCUUCUCGAAGUCAAUCAUGAUCCCGGAACGACGCACAGACGGACUGACAUCCGAUGUCGAAGUCCUUCUCACGUUGAGGCCCACUAAGCAUUUGACCGACCGGACAUGGGAGACGUUCCGCAUCAUGGCCCUUUCCCCCGAAGAUGUAUGGCACGAGCACUGCUCUGGACACAUCAUGCUUGAGUGGGUGGCUAAGGAGGACGAAGUCGAGGGAUUCCGUGAAGAGAGCAUGACGACCUCGAGCCGCCUCAAGCACCUGCAGGACAUCAUAGCCGCGUGCGACACUCAGCUCAGCGGGGAAGAUCUUUACAAGAACUUUACCGAGAACGGCAACGUCUAUGGCCCUACGUUUGCCGGCAUACAGUCAGCGCAGAUCGGUUCUCAUGGAGCCAUCGCAGAGAUCAAGAUCCCGGAUGUGGAGAGCAUGAUGCCCAGAAAGCACCAGCAGGAGCAUGUCAUCCACCCGGCUUCGCUUGAUACUGUGUUCCAACUAGGCAUUCCUCUGUACCGGAGAAACGUUGGCAACGGCCCAGUGAUGCCUACAAGCAUUGACGACCUGACCAUAAACAGCGGACUCAGCAGUACCCCGGGGACUAGAUGGGUCGUGUGCUCCACCGUGAGCGAGAAGGGCUUCCGGUUUGCUAGUAUUAGGAUCAUGGUCUUCGAAGAGACGACCAGAGGUGCACCACUGGUACCCGUCGUGGACAUCCGUGGCGGCGCGCUUCGUUGUAUUGGUGAAGCUCCAGUUGAUGAGAAGACACUUCCGUUCUGUCGGAAGAUGAGCUAUGCUCUCGAGUGGCAACCCGAUGUCGACUUGGCUCCGCUACAGCAUCAGCCGAAUCAGCUGGUUGAGUAUCUUCAGCUUCUGGCCUUCAAGCAACCACGUAUGAAGAUACUGGAACUGUGUGCCGGAUCUGAAGCCGACGUAGCACUACCAUUCCUCCAAGCAAUCGAUCGUCCAGAAGGUUUACUGCUCGACCGAUAUGCACACUGCUACGCCGACACCCAAAUAAAGUCCUUGGAUCAAGCCAAGGCAUCUCUUCGUAAAUGGAUUGAUCGUGUCGAUUUCAAGACGCUAGAUAUUUCAAACGAUCCUGCUCAACAAGGCUUUCAAGAAGGAUCUUACGACCUUAUCAUUGCUUCGCAGACACAUCAAGAACCUAGCUCCAUUGAUGAGUCUUUGAGCAACUGGCGAAAGCUUUUGAAGCCUCGCGGUAGGCUGGUUCUUGCUGCGUUACCGGUCCAAGAUGGACAGAAAGAUGCUGUUGUCCUGCCAGGGGUCGAUUGGCACGCCCGCUUAGAGCAUCACAGCUUCCAGAAAGUAGUGUCAGAUCACGAUGACCCUGCCACAGGAUCUCGCAUGAUCGUCGCUAUAGCCAAUGAGGAGCAUUCUUUGCCGAGAGGGGACUUGUCUUCGAUUUGCAUCAUCUCACAGUCCCAGUCGGACGAACAGUUUGCAUCUCUUACUGAUUCUAUCAUGGCCCAAAUGACAAAACAGGGGUUCCCCUGCUAUUUGGGCGACUGGUCAUCUGAGCCAGUCAACAUUGAUGCCAUCCACAUUGUCCUUGAUAAUGCAGCCGACCCUAUCCUUGGUUCACCGAGUGCAGACAAAUUCGCCCAAAUUGUUUCCCUCGUCACGAGAGCGAAGAACGUACUGUGGCUCAGCUGUCAAGAGAGCGGCGCGGAUACCCACAAUCCAGCCAAGGGAAUGAUCAGCGGCCUCGCCAGAGUUGUGCGGCGAGAGAAUUCGGCUAUGCGAUUCGUUACGCUCGAUGUCCAAGACGACGUACUAUCGAGCUCGGAAGUCUUGGUGUCUCGGAUCUCAGAUAUCGUCAAAAGGUCCUUUGCCACUCCCAUUAGCAUGUCACGAUCGGAUGAGGAUGAGUACACCUUCAGGAACGGCCAGCUUCUCAUUCCCAGAGUCCAUGCAGAUGCCAAGUUCGACGACUGGGUCAAGAGAGCAAUCUACGCGCAAGGUAUAGAAGUUGGGCCUUUCCAAAGAGCGGAAAGGCCCCUCAAGCUCGAGGUUGAGACGCCGGGCCUUCUAAGCAGUCUUCGCUUCAUCGACGAUGAAACACCAUCAAAGUCCCUACAGCCAUUCGAGUUGGAGCUUGAGGCCAGGGCAUACGGCGUCAACUUCAAGGAUGUCUUUAUCGCCAUGGGCCAGAUGAUACCGGGUGUGACCAUGGCUGGCGAGUGUGCCGGCGUUGUUCGCAAGGUGGGCUCUGCGAUCGAGGACAAGUUUAGCGUCGGAGAUCGCGUAUGCGGUAUCUUCGCAGAGCCCUUCUCUAGUCAUCCACGGAUCGACGGAAAUUUCAGUUGUCACCUUCCAGAGAGCAUGCCCUACUCCGUCGGCGCAUCCAUCCCUGUCAUCUUUUGCACCGCAUACCACUGCAUCGUCGAGGUCGCUCGCCUUGAGCGUGGAGAUACUAUCCUCAUCCACGCCGCUUCCGGUGGUGUUGGUCAAGCAGCUAUCCAGCUUGCUCAAAAAAUCGGAGCCGAGAUCUUCUGUACGGUGGGCAGCAGCGCGAAGCGUCAACUGCUCAUUGAAACAUUCAAUAUCCCGCCGGACCACAUCUUCUCGUCUAGGCUUCGGACGUUCAAGCAGGGCAUCCUGCGGCUUACUGAGAACAAGGGUGUCAAUUGCGUCCUGAAUUCGUUGUCCGGCGAAUCACUCCAUGACUCAUUUGCUGUCCUUGCACCGCUGGGAACCUUUGUAGAGAUUGGAAAAUCUGACAUUUAUCGGAAAAACGAAAUCAGCAUGGUUCCCUUCGACAAUAGUGUCACCUUUGCUGCUGUGGAUCUGACGGUCAUAGCCCGGCUGAAGCCGACCAAGAUGCGAGAAACACUCGAAAAAGUACUCUCCCUGUUCGCGGAGGGCAUUUUAAAGCCUGUGGCUCCCAUAACGGCCAUGCCCAUGACAGACAUCGAGGACGCAUUCCGUCUGAUCCAGUCAAGGAAGCACACCGGCAAGGUCGUUCUCGUUUGCGAUGAUCAGACGCAGGUAAAGUCAACCGUUGCACGUCCUAAGCCUCUUAAGCUGGAUAAGAAUGGCACAUAUGUCAUCUCUGGAGGCCUCGGAGACCUCGGGCGGAGGAUUGCCAAGUUCCUCGCAGCUCACGGUGCGGGACAUGUGGUAACACUAUCUCGUCGCAAGCUCCUGGAGGAAGACCAGCUUGAGUUGGAGGAAGAAUUGCAAGCCCUAGGAGCGGAGCUGCACAUCAUCCGCUGCGAUAUCACAGAUCGAGAGUCAGUGCAAUCGGCCGCUGCCGAAUGUGCAGAGAAACUGCCCCGAGUGAGAGGAGUCGUCCAUGCAGGAAUGGUCCUGAGGGAUCACCCUUUCGAGAUCAUGUCCCACGAUGACUACAUGACUUCGAUCAAGCCCAAGGUCCAGGGAACUCAAAAUCUCGACGAUGCCUUCUGUGCUUUUGACUCCCUUGACUUCUUCAUCAUGCUAUCGUCCAUUACUGCAAUCCUUGGAAAGUCAGGGCAGUCCAACUAUGCCGUAGGCAACGCCUACCAGGAUGCCUUUUCUCAUAGCAAAAAGGGAUCAAGCUGCAGAUACAUCGCCCUGAACCUAGGUGCAGUCGAUGGAUCGUUGGCAAUCACGUCGCUCCCUCCUGCACAGCAAGACGCCAUGCAACGGGGAUCAGUCCUCAUGUCGUUCGAUGAGGUUUUUACAGUCUUGACCUACGCUAUGAGCGCGCAGGCCAACGAGUAUGAUCUCCACCAGUUGAUUCUUGGCUUUGACCGAAAGUCGAUGGAGGCGGUGCAUGAUGAGAUGGCCCUUGCGAAUCCCAUCUUUAGCCAGAUUCCUUACCUGGAGAAGGAAGGAGAACCGGCCAAGGAAGCCGCUACGGAUAUUGGAAAGUUGCUCCAACAAGCGACCACGCCCGAUGAGGUCAAGAACAUUGUUGUUGGCGGUAUUUGCCAACGAUUCGCCAUGUUCACUGCCACUCCCGUUGAAGACAUCAGUCCGGACGACUCAAUGGAGAGUUUCGGUCUCGACUCCCUCGUUGCCAUAGAGUUGAAAAACUUCCUCUCUCGCACUUUUCAGGCGACACUGCAGACAUCCGAGGUUCUUGAUGCUGUCAACAUUUUGAGUUUGGCCAAGAUCAUCAUACUCAGGUCCAAGCUCGUCCCCAAAGACACAGAGGCGGCGGUGGUGGAGAAGGAAGACGUCGCCACGGCCGAGAAAGUCUCGGACCUUGUUAUCGAAAGUGCAGCUCCCGGCGCGAACCACAACUUCCAUUGCUGUCGAGCUUCCAAUACCCUCCACAAGAUGCCUCUCGUUGACUUUGAUGUCAUGUUCGAAGACUACCUGGAGAAGUCAAGGAUGUUCUUUUCCGUCGAGGACUUCAAGACUCUCGAGAAUGAUGUGGCCGAAUUCAGAAAGCCAGGCAGCAUUGGUCGGAAGUUCUAUAGUCGUCUGUAUGAGCAGGCACACGACCCUGAAAUUGAGAACUGGCAGGAAAAGUACUUCCUACAGAGUAUGUACCUUCAGAGACGCAUGCCGCUAGCACCUUUCAACAACUUCAUGGCCUUUCACCCUCUCGGAGAGAUGGGCCAUACUCAAGCGGAACGGGCAGCCAUGAUUGCAAGCAUCGCCUUCCAAUGCAAGCAGGAUCUCGAAGCAGAUCGAUGGGAGCCCAUGGCAUACAUGUUCACGGCCAAUUGCACCGAUCUUUGGCAGUACAUCUUCAAUACGGCUCGGUUACCUGGUGUUCCGUUCGAUCGAAUGGCGAAAUUUCCUAGCAACGACCACAUGGCGGUGCUCUAUCGUGGACACAUCUACAAGGUUGAGCUCAGGGAUCGAGACCAAAAUGUUUCUGUUGAAACAUUGACCAAGACUUUCAAUUCUCUCUUGAAUCAGCAAGAUCUUGAUGACAACUGGACAAGUAUCCUUGGGACCGACGACCGCACUUCGUGGACGGAGAGCCGAAAAGCCCUGAUUGAGCUUGAUGAAACCAACAAAGAGACAGUAGACAUGGUAGAGGCUGCUGCUUUUCUCGUCUGUCUCGACGACACAGAACCUGCACAUGCAGAGGCAAGAAUUAACAACAUGAUGAUGCUCAAUGGUUUCAACCGAUGGGUUGACAAGUCCAUCGCGUUCGUGGUGUGCAAGAACGCGACUUCUGGCACAUAUGUCGAGCACACGAUGAUUGAUGCAAUGACUCUUUUCGCGAUGCAAACUGCCAUUGUCGAAGGUAUUAUGACCUACAAGCCCCAAAGAGAGGCCAAUGGGCAUAUCAAUAGCGUUGCCGCCACACCGAGAGAGUUCACACUCAGGACAACACCGGCAUUGGACGCACGCAUCCAACACGUGCGGCAGCGUUUUGAGGAUGACAUUUCGAAGUUUGGAUACAGAGACAUCGUGCUCUCCGACUUUGGGAAAGACAUCCUGCUCAACCGCCACCUUCCCAUCAAAGGCGUCUUCGACCUCAUGGGCCUGCUCGCCAACUACUACUACUACGGCUACAACGCCCAGUCCUGGGAGGCCGUCUCCAUGUCGCACUACCACAAGGGCCGGCCUGACAUCGUGCAAGUCAACACGCCUAUCACUGCGCAAUUUUGCAUCAUUGCCGAUGACCAGAGUGUACCGGCGGGCAAGCGGUUCGAGCUGAUGGUUGAGGCCGCGAAUGCCCGGAACCAAAUCAUCAAGGAAGCAUUCACGGCGGGCCGUUGCUAUCAGCGUACGCUCAGGGCCCUCGAGCUUUGCGCGGAAGAGGGCGAAGAAUUGCCUAGUCUCUUCAAGAAUCCGCUUUACGAGCAGACUGUUGAGCCCAACCAGAUGUUUUCCAAUACGGAUGGGCUUUCUCCCGAGUCUUGUUUUAUCAUGCAGAACCCCAACAGGUUCUGGAUGACGUACUACGUCACUGAUGCAGGAGCUCAUUUCUCCGUGGUUACCGGGAAGGAAGAGGUCAUUGCGUGGGCAGACUGUUUGCAACGUGCCUCCUCGGUGUUGAAGACGUUGAUUGACUUGGUAUGA